AUGCAAGCUUCAGAUAUAAGUAAUGUAUGCAACCAAUUGUUGGAGGAGAUUGCCCAAAGGGCAGCUAAUAUCCAUCCUCCAGCUGGAGUUAGCCAAGGUUCUACCCAAGAGGCUUUUCUAAAGCAAAGGCCACCUUCUUUUAGUGGGACUACGAGUCCAUUAGAAGCGGAAAGUUGGGUUUUUAAAAUGGAAAAGAUCUUUAAAUUCCUUGGAUGUACAGAUUCUCAGAAGGUGAAUUAUGCUACGUAUAUGUUUAAAGGUCCUGCUGAAAUAUGGUGGAAGUCAGCAAAGAGACUUCUCUUAGAAGGAAGAGGUGAUAAUGCUCAGAUUAGUUGGGCAGAAUUUGUGAAGAAAUUUUAUGAGCAAUAUUUUACAGAAUGUUUCAGAGAUAAACAAGUUGAAAAUUUUGUUGAACUGGUCCAAGGGAGUAUGGGGGUUGCUCAAUAUGAAGCAAAGUUUGCUGAGUUGUCUCGUUUUGCUCCUCACCUUGUUUCUACUGAGGCUUUAAGGGUUAAGAAGUUUCGCAAAGGGCUGAAUUUCAAAAUCAAACAACGUUUAACUACUUCUUGA